AUGAACGGGAUUUUUCCAGCCGAUCUUGCAGUAUACCUGCUUUUCACGCCGAUCGUGAAUUAUCUUUUCUUCGCUCAUAGAUGGACUGGCUUCUUACCAUGGUACUACCUAUCGGUUUUUUGCCUUGCCCGAAUCGUCGGCGGUGGUCUCGGAGUUCAUGACAGCAACGGUCUACCGGCGAAUAUCAUUCAGAGUGUUGGAAUUACACCCUUGAUUCUGGCAAUUGAUGGGUUGGCCCACGAAGCACGAUGCUAUCGCCAUCCCUCGCACAAUCGAACUCUCGGUUGGUCUGUAGUCAUUGGUACCUCGGGCCUCAUGAUCGCAGCCCUAGCCCUCUCCAUUUCGGGCUCCCUGAAUAUCUUCGAAGGCACUCCCAAGUCGGAUAGUUUGACCGAGUGGAAAGCUGGAACAGUUUUGAUCCUUGUGACAUGGGUUCUACAAAUAAUUUGGUCUCUGUUUUCUCUCAUCUCAUCUCAAGGUGAAAAGGAUGCACCUGGUUACCACGGUGGCACUGCUCUUCUGCAAGGUGCUCUGGUCGCACUGGCGUUUGUUGGUAUUCGUGUCAUCUACGGAGUCAUCGCGGUUUUUACUCAAAAGAGAGAUCUCAGCCCGGUAUAUGGAACCACAGCAGUGCGAGUGGUUCUUAUGUUUCUUCCGGAGGUCCUGGCGACCAUGACAAUUAUUGCCGUGGGGCUUCGUACAAGACAUAUUCGACAUGUCAAAUAA